AUGAAAUUACUGCGUUUAUCCGAAGAAAACGUGGUUGGUUCCAUUCCAACCAAGGCCACUCAGGUGAUGAUGUACCACGAUAGAUACACAGCUGGAGAGACCACGGGAGGUCUAAGCGUGAUCUUUACAAUGCUGUGCAUCAUUGAUUUAUUUGGAGUGUUUCCUGUGGUAGCAUUGCCGAAAAGCAUUAUAUCGUGUGGAAUUUAUGGCAUUCCGUUGGUGCUAGCUGUGGUCGCGCUACAGCUCUAUACUGCAGUGCUGCUCGGCAGAAGUUGGAUUUUAGCACACGAUAUCUCACCCAAUAUAAGAGAAAAGAGUCGAUUUCCAUACGCUGCAGUUGCAGAAUUAGCUUUUGGAAAGACUUCUCGCAGUAUUGUCACAUUCUUAAUUGAUGCUACUGUUUUCAGCGCAGGCGUUCCGAAUUUCAUAUUUGCAUCGCAAAGCAUGCAGUUAUUCUGGUGGAAAAUAACGGAUGGCGACGUGGGCAUCACAUACUGCGUAUGGAUGGUCGUCAUUGGUCUUUUACUCUGCCCAGUUAUGUGGCUUGGAUCACCCAAGGAUAUGAAGCCCCUAGCGUUGACAUCAGUGUUCAUUGUAACUACAGUGGCUAUCUCCACAUGGACCUGUAUAAUAAAUGAUGAUAAGUCCCCUCCUCCGUCCGGGGACGUAGUAGCCUAUAUGCCUAGUGCUAGAGACUUUCUGGUGGCUUAUGGCAUCAUGGUUUAUCAGUUCGACAUCCACCCAAUGCUGCUAACCCUGCAAGUGGAUAUGAAAGACAGUCGUCGUAUUCACUCGGCCGUGUUGGGAGGGUUCACAGUUACUGGAAUCAUGUUCACGGUCACCUCAUUCCUAGCAGCCAAGAGAUAUGGGAACAAUGUUCAGAGUAAUAUACUACAAGGGUUGCCCUCAUCAAUAACUCUAUACAUAGUGGCUCUUCUCGUCACAUUGCAACUCUGCCUUUCGAGUGCCGUCGGCAACUCAGCCCUGUUUCAGCAUUUAGAAGAUCUGCUUAAAAUACCAAGAGAAUUCUGUUUACAACGGUGCGUAAUUCGGUCGAGUAUUAUCGCCCUCGCUGUAUUUUUAGGUGAAUCCGUGCCAAGAUUCGAUCUAGUCAUGGGCUUAAUUGGCUCAACGCUUACCGGUCCUCUCAUGUUUAUAUUUCCACCAUUAUUUUUCCUUCGAUUGUGUUAUAAAAAGUCCUCCUUACCAAACAGUGCAUUGCCAUAUAAUAAAUUAAAAACUGAAAAUCCUCAUAAAGUGACGUUGGGAGAACUGAAAAACGGCAAUGAUCCGUCAAAAAUGGCGUUGUUUAUGCAUUCAUUUGACACGAAAUACAAGACAUUUACGAAUACGUUAGGCAAAAUGGGCGAAAACGAUAUGGAUGAAUAUAAUAUUAAAUGGUAUGAUAUAGUAUUGGCAGUGCUUGUAAUGUUAUUGGGUAUAUUGGCCACUGCUUUAGCGACAUAUUCCAGUUGGUCGGAUGCGAUAUCGUCAGCAUCUUUUUCACCGCCCUGUAUAGUCAACUCUACUGCCGCUGCGAGGAGUUUUAUAGAAAGAAACAUUCGAAUGACGUAA